GAUGUGGUGCUGAGACGAACGGAUCCCAAACAAACUGUCAUUAGCGGCAUUAAGGGUCUUCGCGUACUCAAGACAACUCAAUCGUCCUUUGUUAACUUCGUCAACGAUGAAUUCCGCACGCUACCCGAUCAAUAUGAUCGUCUUUUCAGCACCGUCGUCGACUGCAGUUGGGAAUAUUCCGACAUUAAAGAUGUGAAAUUCUGCCAGACCUGGAAUUGUGUGAAGAAUAUUAUAAUUCGAAAUUUUGCUGGCGAUCCAAAUGUGGGCAUCUCUUCGGUAUCUGUACAAAAUACUCUGUAUCUCUCCGAAAAAGAAGUGCUUGAUGUUAUACCACAAAUUUCCGUGAUUUCAAUGACUCUGCCAAACAAACAUUAUUUCAAUUUCGAUACGAAACCUUUUCAAAGUGUUGCGCCAGGUGAAAAUAAUGAAGUUUUCAUUCCAGUCGACAAACCACAUGGCACAAUCUAUGCGCAGUUGGCUAGAAAGGAUCUGAAAUGCCAUUUAUGA